UCGGCUGUGUUUGAUGUAAAAUGUCGCUAGAAAAACAAAGGACGACCUGGGAUGAAAAAGAGCGACUGUGUGCCGUGCGGCUAGUGAUUGAACAGUACGACGUGUUAUACGGAGGAUUUGCCGACGGAAUCACAUUCAAAGAAAAGUCGGCCGCCUGGAAUAAGGUGGCCGAUGACUUGAAUGCAUCAAGCAAUGUAAAGCGGACACCUGCAGAGGUUAAGAAAUUGUUCCAGAAUGUGAAAAGUAGAGCCAAGAAAAAGUAUAACGAAAACAUGGCCACUGGUGGCGGUCCAGUUGGCAAGAUAACACUGGCAGAGGAAAUUGUCCUUGAAUUUCUGAAGGACAAGCCCCAACUCAUAGGGAUCCCAGGCGGGAUAGAAUCUGGAGUGAUAGAGCCUGUGGAAGAUGCUGCCAGUGUUGCAGAUUUGGUUGUGCAACAAGCCCCAAUGACAGAGAGUAAGCACAUCAGCACGCAUCAAGAAACAAUGUCAGUUCAUGCCAUUGAACAUCCAAGUGUGUCCCAUGAACACCCAGAUGAACCCAGAGUGAUGCAGACAAAUACAAAGAAACGUCGUAGGAAGUGCAUGGAUAGGAUUGAGCUCACCGAAGAGCUUCAUGACCUUGAAGUUUGCAGAGCAAGAAAGGAGAUUGAACUUUUAGAUUUAAAAAUAGCUCAACAACGUGAACUUUUCCAAUUGAAAAAAUCUGUUCUGGAGAAUGCCAUGCGAAAUGCUAACAUGGAUUUCAACAUUACUUUUCCAGGAUUAGGAAAUGAAAGUUACAAUUUUUCAUAAGAUCUCUUUUUGAAUGCAGUAUAAAUUGUUAAAGCUGCACUCUCACACAUUUACCAUUUUUACAACUUUUUCAUGUUUUGUCUUUAAUUAUAUCAUAGAUUUCAAUAUUUCUGUUCGAAAAUUAAUAUUUCAUGGCUUAAAUGCAUAAAAUAUCAAUUUUUGCACUUGAUUAUAAAAAUAUGGGAACUAAUCUUUGUCAUGAAUCUCACAUAACUGGUUCCCUUGGAUUUUCACAAAAAUUGGCUUGUUCCAAGAUAAAAAAUAAAAAAACUUGUUCAAACUGUGACAGUGCAGCUUUAAAGAUCCACUCUUACUCCUAGAUAAUAUUGACCACACUCCAUGAUAUUGUUUUAAUAUUCCAAAAAGGAUGAAUAGAUGUCUAAAAUAAUUUAUUUAAUGAAAGAUACUGAGUAUCUAAAAUCAUUUUGAUGGAAAGUAUUUACAAUCAAAAAAUCUUAUUUGUGUAAUAGGAAUAAGUCUACAGUUAUUGAUUAAAUUGUAAUACAUUUAUUGUUUCAACUUGAAUGUCUAGGUUAUUUUAGUCAUUGGUAUUAUAUGGGGUAUUACUGUUGAUAUAUCAUAUCUUACAAUAAUUUCAUGAAGUUUUACUUUGUUCAAUACAACUCAAAAACAACUGAUGAAAAAUUGUGUAAAUUUGACCGAGUGGACUCAUGCAACAGUUUCAGAAAGAAUUACACUCAUGCAUUAUGAUGAACAAAAUGUGCAAAAUAACUGUUACAGUAAAAGUGAGCAGAGCAAAUUUUGCUAAAAUCCAUAUUGUGUUAAGCAAACCAUUACAAAAACAAAGAUGAGAAAUAAUGCUGGUCAAUAUCUUUUACAAAUCAAUAACAGAACUGUGAUAUGACAUAAACAGUAUACAUUCUUUACUCAAUACACACCAUGAAACUGAAUGUUACUGUUUAAAUGAAGUUGAAAAUAUCCCUUAUUGCUUAUAAACUAUUGCAAAAGAGCAUAACAAAUCAAAAACAAUCUGUAACAAUUCAGAUAACAUAAUUGUAUAAUAUUGUUUUUCAUUUCAUUUCAUUAUGGAACCUCACUUUACUGUAAUAUCUGAUUGUUAAUGUUGUGUUAUUAUCAGUCUUCCAUUUGGUAAAGUUACAUAGUUAUAAUGAAUUGUUUGUUAAACUGACAUUUAUUUAUGUGUUAAUGAAUAAGAAAUACAAUCGUUGAUAGAUGUUCAAAGUGAUAUCCACAACUUACACUUUUGCCAUUAAAUGUAUAGCACAUGUUUUAUGUAGUUUCUCCUAUUGUUAAACAUGUUAAACAUGGACUUACAGCUACAUAAAGUAUAAAAGUUU